AUGAUGCCUGAAGAAUUUCUAUAUAUAUUUCGUCGAAUAAUGGCGAUUAUAUGUAGUAUAUUUGGAUUGCCAGGAAACAUUUUAACAAUAAUUGUUUGUAUAAAAUCUUUAUGUCAACGAACAAUUCAUACUGAACGAAAAGUAUUUGAUCUCUACCUUGCUGAAAUAUCGAUUCUGGACACUUGCUUAUUACUUUAUUGGGUUAUUGAAACAUUAAUUGAUUACCUUUAUUCUAUACACAAAAGUGCAUAUUUUUCUCUAAUGCAUAUAUCAGCAUUUUCAUGUUUCUUUUUUUAUAUGAUCAAUCGUUUAUUUGCUGCACUUUGUUCAUGGUUAAUAACAUGUUUUACAUUAAUACGUUUUUUACAUAUAUUUCGACAAUUAAAUACUAUACGAUCAAAUAUCAUUCUUGUUACUUGUCUUACAAUUAUUUUCUUUACAGCAAAUAGUUAUUUAAUUGUUACAUUAGGUUUUGAUCAAGAAAAAAAAAUUGAUUCAAAUGAAAAUAUAUCUAAUAAUAGUAAUGAAAAUAAAUCAACAAGUUGUCAUAUACGUGAGGAAUAUGAACAUAAUUCAUUGACAUUAUUACUUAAUGCACUUGUUGCUGGUUUUCUCAAUCUUGUUUUACCAUCAAUGUUAACAUUAAUAGUGAAUAGUGUUAUUGUAUGUUAUAUAAAACAUAUAUAUAAAACACAAAAUGCCGAACAAGGUCGCCGACGUUCCGACAAUAAUACAGGAACAAGUUAUCGUUCGACAAGUUCAACAUUACUUGUUAUAUCAAUAACAUAUACAUUAUGUUAUUUACCAUAUUGUAUUAUUUAUCUUCUUUUAAUACAAUUUGAUGGUACAAAUGAAACAUUGUCCUAUUGGUCUGAGAUAACAUUUAUUCUACGUUAUAUAAGUCAUUCAGUUAAUUUUUAUGCUUAUAUAUUUACAAAUUACCGUUUCCGUCGAAAUAUUACAUUAUUAUUCCGUUAUUUAUUACGAACAUGUUUAUGUUUAAAAAAAUCAAAGCAACCUAAAGAAGAAAAACGAUCUCAACGUCUUAUAUUUCAUCAUUAUCGUUUAGCAAGAUCAAAUAGAUAG